CAUUAUACCUACCGAAAUUGCAGCAUUGUUUAUAUAAUACUUCGAUACCGAUGCAUCGACGAGGAAAUUGCAAACUUAUUUUCUCAUUACUACUGAUUGAUAUGUGAAAGUAUGUAAUCGCGUAUGACGUCAGGGAUGACGUGGUGUUAACUGAUUUUACUUCCAAGAAACAGUAUGUGAGCAAAUAGUCGCUUAUUUGACCCCAACAAGUCAGUAUCUCAGCCGUGCACGAUCUGUCUUAAUCAAAGUACCGGCCUAUGCAACAGACUAUUUAUUUGCAUCCAUUCUUCUAAGUUGGCAAAGCAGCUUUGUGUUCUACCAAGCCUGUAUCUCAGACGUUCUGCUCUCGAAUCCAGAUCAUUUAAUAUAUGACAUGCCAUCGUUCGGUUGCUGCAUUGGUUUUGUGCCUCAGUUGAGAUUCUGGCAGAGAAAAAGUAAAGAACAAACGGGUGAUGUCUACGGUUACAAAUCUAAGAAAGAAAGAAACGAGGUCUCGGAAGGAAUAAACGAAAAUUUUUAUUACAAUGAGGGAUGCAUAACAGAGUCUUCAGAUGACAUCGGUUACCUGCCCCCCAUGAGAGAAAACGCAAUAUUCUACGAUGAUGAGAUAUACUCCCACGCAAAAGAAAGACAAAACGUCACGUGGUUUAUCCCGGAAAUGUUCUCCGACCAUAAUGAAGAAAGCGAGUAUGUUGGUAAAAACCCCUCACGAGUGGUUUCUGAGAAGCAGGAACCCGGCACUGAAGUCUACGCUGUACUAGAAGGUCCCGGAUGCGACGACGAUUACCAAAGUGACCAUGAAGCUGAGACAAACAAAGACCCAUCUGUAUAUGUCACCUUGGAACAGGACCAGGGACCAUAUGAAGUUGGGUAUUUCCAACAGGGAACAGAAAUGAGCCAUGAGGCUCGCUACAGUGUACACGAAGGACCAGAAGGGACAUGCUUGUACGGAGAGCUGGACAUUUCCUUAACUGAGGACCACUUGUAUCAAGGACUAGGUCCCUCCAAUGGUAACUGUGACAAAGACAAGGAGGAGAUAUUGUCGAUUCAGUCGUCGUCGGCCCCCCUGUUUCAAGGACAUUGUCCUUCCAACUGCGAACAAAAGAAAAACCUUGAGAAUGAUACAUUGACGGAUCAGGCACAGAUUAACAUCGACGAAUUAUUGGAGACCAUCGGGUUUUAUCUUAAAGGCAAAGUUGAGUCCGAUAGCUUGGGCGAAGAAGGAUGUCCCAAGGGAAGUGCCAAUUCGACAGGAGAUGAUGAAAUGUCUCAUGAACUACACGAAGAAACUACCGUUUCCGAGAAAAAGUCGAUCAACUCACAUUGCAUUUCUGAAAACAUUUAUUUCGAGCUGGAGCGACCCGAAGAUGAAAAUAUGCCACACCAGGAGGCGAUGGUCGAAUUGGACUGCCCUUCAAAUAACAUGAUCGAAAAUAUAUAUCACGUGUUGGAGAAUCCCCAACGAAAGGAAUCAGAAGAAUCCGCAGUGUAUAUUGAUUCUACAGAAGUGACAGGGAAAGACCUCGAAGAUUCCGAGAGCCACGACGUCAUCUAUCACGUGUUGGAGAAUCCCCAACGAAAAGGAUCGGAAGACUUCGCGGUGAGCCUUGAUUCUACGGAAGUGACCCGGGAAGACCUCGGAGAUUCCGAGAGCCACGACGUCAUCUAUCACGUGUUGGAGAAUCCCCAACGAAAAGGAUCGGAAGACUUCGCGGUGAGCCUUGAUUCUACGGAAGUGACCCGGGAAGACCUCGGAGAUUCCGAGAGCCACGACGUCAUCUAUCACGUGUUGGAGAAUCCCCAACGAAAAGGAUCGGAAGACUUCGCGGUGAGCCUUGAUUCUACGGAAGUGACCCGGGAAGACCUCGGAGAUUCCAAAAGCCACGACGUCAUCUAUCACAUGUUGGAGAAUCCCCAACGAAAAGGAUCGGAAGACUUCGUGGUGAGCCUUGAUUCUACGGAAGUGACCCGGGAAGACCUCGGAGAUUCCGAGAGCCACGACGUCAUCUAUCACGUGUUGGAGAAUCCCCAACGAAAAGGAUCGGAAGACUUCGCGGUGAGCCUUGAUUCUACGGAAGUGACCCGGAAAGACCUCGGAGAUUCCGAGAGCCACGACGUCAUCUAUCACGUGUUGGAGCAUCAAGAGCAAGAGAAAGACUCCACGAGGUGCCUUCAUUCUACAGAGGUGAUCAAGGGAGACCUCGGAAAAUCCGAGAAGUUCACCGAACCCCCUAAUUUAGGCAUUGGAAAUUUCUACGAUAAAGACAUCAUUGAAACAUCCGAAAUUCAAGACGAAGCCAUAUAUGGAAAUGUGUACAAUGGAACCGUUAUGGUUUAUGUUAAUGGAAAUGAGAAAUCGGAAACUUCAAACGAGGAUUAUUACCUUAACAGUGACGAAAACAUUUAUGUCAACAAAGAAAUCAUAGAUGAAAAUGACUUCACUGAGAGCUCUGAUAAUCUUAAAUGCCAGAGUUAUGAAAAGGAUGGCGCAAAUGGUUACCAUGGUAACAGAGAGGAUCUAAACAGGAAUAGGCACUGGGGAGGCGUCGAGCAGGAAGAGCAGGAAGACAUUUUUGUCGAUGUACGAGAACUGCUAACGGCUGAGCAAAGACGACUUUACAAGGAGGCAUGGCGGAAGAGUGCUCCGAUCUAAUGCUGCACACUGAUGAUACCGUAUUUAUUUUAAAGAAAGAAUCCACCCAGAUUUUGAAAAAAAAAGGUCAUUGCGACGAAGCUGUGAUUUGCCUUAUUGUGUGGCCUCGAAGCGGGUUAGCACGGCUUGGACUUUCAAACUGAUACUGUUUGAGAUUUUACUGUACAAAAUUGUAUCAGAAAGAGUUGUUCAUAGCGGAUUGUCUUUACUUUAUGUACAAGCAUAGUCGGGUAUAGAAAUGAUGGUCUCUGGUGGAAGUUUGCAUAACUUUUGAAGACACUGUUAGAUGCUAAAAGUCAUGGAAAUUCGGUAAAGGCGUUUUUCUGCUCGGGUUUCGCCAGAGGAUUUAGAUAUCAUUAGUUAAGUUUCAUUAAAGAUGUAGUAGAAAAAAAA